CAGGAGGACCACCUGUCCGCAAGAGGCAGCGCCUAGUGAGCAUGCGCGCGCGCGCCUCCACGCUUUCUAGACAGGAAAAGCUCGGUCGGGCAGCCAACCACCAAUCCUGGCUCUCCUUGCCCCCUCCAGCCAGAAGCCCGUAUGAAGAGCGUUCUAGCCCCGCUCGCUUUCAUAGAGGUCACCGGAGGUGGAGGGCCGUGGCCUCUCCUUAGUCCCGCCUUUCACAUCGUUGACUGACAAGAGUGUGCCCUGUUCCGAUUGGUUCUGUGAAUCACGGCCUCUUUCUCCUCUCACCCAUUGGCGUGCAGGCCGGAGACGCUCCGCCCCUCUCCCGAGCCGGCAACUACGGCGGCCUCGGAGGAUCAAGAAGCCUCGUUUGGAACCGAGCAUGGGGACGCCGGCGGACCGCGGCUACGACGGGGCUGGCCCCGAGGCUCCGGAGGGAGGGCCGUUCUUCACCCUGGCCGAAGUGGAGAAGCGGAGCACCGCCAAGGAGACCUGGCUGAUCAUUCGCGGUCACGUCUAUGACGUCACCCGCUUCCUCGGCGAGCAUCCUGGCGGAGAGGAGGUUUUGCUGGAACAAGCUGGCCGGGAUGCCACCGAGAGCUUUGAUGACGUUGGGCACUCAAUAGAUGCCCAGGAGAUGCUCAAAGAGUAUCACAUAGGAGAGGUUCACCCGUGCGACCUUAAGCCGGAUCCCUCCAAGGUUCCAAACAAAGCUCCAUCCAGUGAAUCCAGUUUCUGGACAGUCUGGUUGAUCCCGAUUGUGGGCGCGUUGGUCCUUGGCUUAAUGUAUCGGUUCUACAUGAUGGACGGGAGGUCGUCCUGAUUUGACGCUACCAAACCUUUGGAACUGGAAAGCAUCCCAUACGGCUGAAAGUUGUGGACUUCUGAUCAAUUCUGGGAACGUCCCCUUUUUGUCCGUCAGUCUAGUGUCUACGAAGCUGGAACCCAGAGAGAAUCACCAUAGAUGCUGUAACUACAGACACAAUUCACUUCCUACCAUUCCAUUUCCGCUGUCGUCAGCUUCCCAUUCUGGAGCUUCCAGUUCUGUUGUAACAAACCAACCUGUGCCAGUCUGUCCUGUUAAGUAUCGGGGGAAAGAAUGGGCAUGCAGUCAGUGGUCUUCUUUAGAGCAAGACCAGCCAGAGAAAUGGCUCCACCAGCAGAGCAUAGCCUGACCUGAUCAGACAUGACAACAUGCCCCUUAAUCUUCGGUGUUCCUCGGCUGCCUCUUUCUGUGUACGGUUUUUGAAAUGGUUUCACUGAUCUGUAUUUGUAGAAUCUUCUGGUUCAUAUGGUCCUGACUGACCAUCUGCUUUUUUAAUUGGCUUGUUCUCUAAUAAAGGACUUUCCAGUUAAUAUGAA